CAAAGAAAACAAGUCAAAAAAUUUUGUCACCACCGCGCAGAUGUUGCGGAUCUCUAUAUUUGGCAUAUAUAAAGCUGACAAAGAAAAUAUUAGCAGCGUUAUAUACUAUAUGAACUAUUGGUAGGGGAAAACAAUGCAGAUAUAACGCGUAUACACAGUUUAAAAUUUACAUUCAAACAAAGACUUUGUCUAAAUUCUGUUUUAAAAAAACUGUCUAAUUAAGUGCUAGAAGCUGGUUCAUUGAUUUGCCAAAAUUUUAUAAUUGUUUUGGUUUGGAUUAGCAGUGAAUCCGUGUUAUGGCAGGAGGUUCAGAAGAUAGGUCACUACAAGAAACUCCAACAUGGGCUGUUGCAAUUGUGUGUGGAGUUUUUGUGAUCAUUUCUAUUAUUAUUGAACAUGGAAUACACUCUCUGGGAAAGUUAUUCAUCAAGCGAAAGAAAAAGGCUUUGAAUGAAGCCUUGGAGAAAAUCAAAGCAGAACUGAUGCUAUUGGGAUUCAUAUCACUACUGCUAACUGUUGGAACAACUUAUGUUGUUAAAAUAUGCAUCCCAAUCAAGCUUGGAGACACCUUUCUCCCGUGUGAGGACUAUACGAAGAAAAGCUCCAAUAAAGGAGGCAGCGGAGAUGGAGGGGGUGACCGAAGAAAGCUACUUUCGUUUGCUGAGGAGAUUAUGUGGCGUCGAGCUCUAGCAUCUGAGGAUGAGGGAGAGGACUAUUGUGCUGCUAGAGGUAAAGUAUCAUUAAUUUCGUACAAGGGGGUGCACCAAUUGCAUAUAUUCAUAUUCAUCCUUGCGCUAUUACAUGUGCUCUACAGCGUUAUCCUUGUGGUUCUAGGCCAAGCUAAAAUGAAGAAAUGGAAGAGCUGGGAGGCUGAGACUGCCUCUUUGGAAUACCAGUUUACAACUGAUCCAGAAAGAUUUAGGUUCAGUCACCAGACAUCCUUUGUUAAACGUCAUGCUAUAUUCUUUUUAAUGCCAGGUGCUAAAUGGAUUGUGGCAUUCUUCAGACAAUUUUUCGGUUCUAUAUCAAAGGUGGAUUACAUGGCCAUUCGCACUGGAUUUAUCAAUGCAAAUGUUGCUCCAAAUGGCCAAUUUAAUUUCCAUAAAUACGUCAAAAGAUCCAUGGAAGACGACUUCAAGAAAGUUUUGGGUAUAAGUUUACCAUUGUGGGGUUUUGCACUUGUAUUCUUGCUUCUAAAUGUCUACAAAUGGCAUACACUAGUUUGGCUCUCCAUGUUGCCGCUUCUGAUACUUCUGGUAGUGGGUACAAAACUAGAACUAGUGAUCAUGGAAAUGGCACAACAAAUCCAAGAUCGGACAGUCAUUGUAAGAGGAGCGCCUGUGGUACAACAAAGCAACCAGUUCUUCUGGUUUAAUCGGCCUAAGUGGAUUCUCUUCUUGAUUCAUUUUACCUUGUUUCAGAAUGCAUUUCAGAUAGCAUUCUUUCUAUUCACUUUGAUUGAAUUUCGACACAAAACAUGUUUUCACCAGAAAUUACCUUCCGUUGUGACCAGAGUUGUGCUCGGUGUGGGGCUUCAAAUUUUGUGCAGCUACAUUACUUUCCCUCUUUACGCUUUAGUCACCCAAAUGGGAUCACAAAUGAAAAAAUCAAUCUUCGAAGAACAGACAUCAAAGGCUCUUAAGAAGUGGCAUCAGUCUGCAAAAGACAAUCAAAAGAAGCUAAGGAAAGCCAGGGAAGCAGCAUCAUCAGGAUAUGCUUGUAGUGAAAAUAACACGCCAAGUCGAGGUUCAUCACCGGUUCAUUUACUUCACAAUCACAAAUGUAGUAGCACGGAUCAAAGUGAAAGCAUUGUUCAUAAUGCAUUGCCCUGCUUGUCAGAGAUUCAUCAUGAAGAUCUUGAGGCAUCGAAUCAUGAAACACGACAGUCUGGUCGACAAGAAAUAAUUAAAGAUUCAUAUGGUUCUACAUUUUCCUUUGAAAAACUAUAGAAUUUGUAUAUUCAGAAUACAGCAGUGAAAGAACUAAUACUUACAAACAAAAAAAAUGUUGGAUGGCAACUUGGCAAGUAAUAAAGCUGAAUUCAUCUUAUUCGUGUAGAGUUUAACU